AUGAUAAGCACUCGUCGAAUUGCAACUCAGCUGGGUAUAAAGAAUAUGAGAAUGUGGCGCGUACUGAAACAGGAAGGAGUUCAUCCUUACCAUUUUCGACGUGCUGAAAAUUUACGAGAAGAAGACAGGAAAUUUCACAGACGGAUGAGAACUGACGAGGCCACAUUUACCAGAACCGAAAUAACCAAUCACCGUAAUCUGCACGUUUGGAAUUAUGAAAAUCCUUUAGCUGUCAGAGAAACUUCUUUCCAGCACGAAUUCUCCAUUAACAUGUGGGCUGGAACAAUUAAUGACCAAAUUAUUUGGCCAUUUGAAUUGCCAAGACUGCUUACGCAAGAGAACGUUAUGUUUUUUUGCGCGGAGACCUGCCUCUUUCGCUUCCUCCAACUAGAUGGAGCCCAAGCUCAUUAUGCAGCGUCAGUGCGUCAAUUUAUUAAUAAGGAACUAUCCAAGUUGGAUUGGCAGAAGCGAUCCAGUAGCACGGUCUCAAGGUUUACUGGGUUAACGCUUCUUGAUUAUUACUUUUGGGGCUACAUGGAACAAAAAGUUCAUGGUGUGCCAAUAGCUACGAGAGAACAACUUAAACAUAGAAUUGAUGCCGCUGCUACAGAAAUAGGAGGAAAACCUUACGGAAGUGCAAAGAACAACUCAAAAAAUGUCAUUUAA